AUUUUGACUUUUUGGUCAAAGUCUUUGUCCCGCCGAUGACCUUUCCUUCCUCUCCAAAAUCCAAAUCCCAUAUCUCAACCUAACCUCAUCAUCUUCUAGGGUUUCUAAUCAAACAAUCCUGCAACAAAAAUGGAAACAUCAGGAACCACCAAUCAACAAACCGACUCAAAAUCCUCAUUCAAUUAUCAAAAACUGGAAUCCGAAACACCUCGUUCAUGGAACGCCGGUGAUUUCGACCGCCGAUUCGCCUAUUCCCGCCAAACUUCAUUCCGCGAACAACAGCAGCCUCCUCACACGCCAGUAUCGAUCAUAUCUAACGAUUAUUAUUCAACAACGAAGAAGCCGUUGCUGUCUCGUAGUUUGUCUAAGAUUGUUGAUAUAGUUCCUGCGGCACCGAAGGUGUUUCCGCAGCAGUUAGGGUUUGGAGAUGAGAGAAUUUGGACGGAUGAAGGUUUUGUUGGAAGAGGAAGUGAUUCGGUUUCAGCGUUUGUGUUUUCUUUGUUGAGUGUUGUUAGAUCUGGAAAUAGAUUGAUGAAGAGAUUGGUUAUGUUGAUUUCUCUUAAUGUCGGUUGUUCGACCGCUGAAUUGGUUAUCGGUCUGCUAUCGGGUCAAGCAGGUUUGGUGUCUGAUGCAUUUCAUUUGACAUUUGGAUGUGGUCUUUUGACGUUUUCUUUGUUUGCGAUGGUUGCGUCAAGGAGAAAGCCGGAUCGAAUUUAUACUUAUGGGUAUAAACGAUUGGAAGUUUUGUCGGCUUUUACCAACUCUCUAUUUCUUUUGUUUAUGUCGUUUUCGUUGGCUGUUGAAGCACUUCACGCGUUUGUACAAGAUGAAUCUGAGCACAAGCAUUACUUGAUCGUUUCUGCAGUAACAAACUUGUCUGUGAAUCUCAUUGGCAUUUGGUUCUUCAGAAACUAUGCUCGUGUUAGUUUUGCUUAUAGAAAUGCUGAAGAUAUGAACCAUCACUCGGUUUGCUUGCAUGUCGUAGCCGAUUCCAUCCGUAGUGCAGGCUUGAUUCUGGCUUCCUGGUUAUUAAGCCUUGGGGUUGAAAAUGCUGAAGUUUUAUGUUUGGGACUAGUUUCAUUCACGGUGUUCAUGCUCGCGAUGCCACUUUUCAGAACGAGCGGUGGCAUUCUUCUUCAAGAGGCCCCGCCCAGUAUUCAUUCCUCAGCAUUGACCAAAUGCUGGAGACAGGUGGCUUCUCUUGAAGAUGUUAUUGAAGUAUCUGAAGCCCGACUCUGGGAGUUUGUACCGGGUCAUGUGGUCGGAUCAGUUUCGCUGCAGGUGAAGAAGGGGGUGGAUGAUCAACCUGUUCUUGGUUUUGUACGCGAUUUAUACCAUGAUUUAGGAGUACAAGAUUUCACAGCUCAAUUGGACUUGGCGGACUGAUUGGAACCUUGGUAAUACAGUUGAUGACGGUUAUAGCAAAUUUGAACACAGUUUAAAGAGAUUAUUACUUAUAAUUUAAUUGUUAAAAAAAAACUAUUCCUUUAGUUUUA